GUAACUGGAGGCGGCUUCUCCGGCCCGGCGGCCCCGCCACCGCGACGCCGGGCCCCUGACGUCACCCGAUUCGCCAGGAAAUGAACUUUUUAAUAAUCCAAGGAGGGAGGAAAGCCCUCGGUCCCCUCGGCUCGGGGGGCGCCCAGCCCGGCUCAGCUCUGCGGCGCGCCCCCAUCACCCCCUCCCAGGUCCUCUGCGGACAGCUCUGUGGGGGCGCGCGCACGGCAGGGCCUCCUCCGGUCUCUGCGGCUGGCAUCCGUCUGACUGUCCGAGGCUUUGGAACAGCGGAGCCCCAUGCGGCCGAAUCCCAGGCCUCUGCUCUGCAGUUUUCCUGGAGGAGAGCGCCGAACGCCGAGGAAGCUGCCCUCGCGGUGCCCGUGCCUCGGCUGACAGGGCGGGGGUGGGUGCUCCCAACACCACCCCUGAAAGCAGGAGCAGACGCCACACGGGAGGCCCUUUUGAAUACAAGACCUUUCCCCUCACCUCUGGGAUUAUCGCAGCCCUUUCAGAGCGCGCACAACAAAUGCGCCCGCCAUCGAAUGCAGCAUUUACCACCGCAGAUCCGCGCGCCGAUGGGCAGGCAGAUAGCGUCCGCGGGGGGCUCGCCGGGCGGCGAGUGUGCGCCCCGGCUCUGCCCGGUGUGUUUGGAGGAACACGUGGGUAUGCCAGCGAGUGGACCCUGAGCGAGCACGGAUGUGAGUGUGCUAGCAAGUGUGCUUCGACAAAGUGCACGUGUGCGAGUCCCUGAGCACACGCGUGGUGAGUGUUCGUGGUGAGUGCCAGGAAGUGGCCGCCUAGACGCACGCGGGAAGCGGUGCUGCACGUGACCGCGUGGGGAAGCAUGCAGUGGGUGUGCUAGCCGCGUGCACGAGCGAAUGUAUUGUGAGGACCUACAGGUACCUGGCCCUGGAGGAUGCUGUUUAGGGGAGCGGAACAGAGGGAUUUGCAGCCACUCAACAAUGUUACGUGCAGCACGUGCAGGCCGCACUCCACAAGGUGUGUUUCCGAAGCUGCGCAAUGGGCGCAGUAGCCGGCGUUUGAGCCCGUGGCACAAGCUUUUGGAACCGGCACGGAUCUGUGGGACAAUGUGUACCCAGGGCGACCAAGUGUACAGAGAGAUACGCAAAGCAAAGGGUCAUUUUCGAGCCUUGCUUGAGCAUGUGUUGUGCAGACUCUGGGCUGACUGUGAAAAAGACCCCGCUAUAUGCCGGGUCUGGGGAAUGCUGGAGAGUGACACCGGCGAGUGGCUGUUAGGGGAGUUUGAGAACGCCUAUGGGUCCCGGUCCAGGCCCUGGGACCCCUCCGCCAAGGCCUUACAGCUGGAGCGACAGAGCCCAGCCCGCCGCCCGAGGUCCGGGCCGUGAGUGACACGCGCCGCCACAAAGGCUGUAUUUUUCCAGGCCCGCGCCCCGCCCGCGCGCGAUGGUCCCCAUGGCGACGCAGAUAGCGCGCGGCCAUUUUCCUAUCUCCCCGGAGUCUAUUAUACAGCGGGAUUAGCUCAUCUCCAGGCAGGUCAAACCCAAAGUCACACAACCUGCGGCGUGAGCCCCGCCUCCGGCCGGUCCUCCCGCAGCCGGAGCGGGCGACCCCCGCGGCAGGGCUGGUACGCGGGAGCAGAGCGCCACCUGGCGGACGCAAGUUCCCGGUGCGCCGCAUGAGAGGCCGCAAAUGCCCCAGGCUGUGGCUUUGUGUGGUCGCUUGGGCGACCCCUAGGGAAAAGCUGGCACACAGUAGGUACCCCCAAACUAUUUGCUGGAAGGAUGGAAUGGCAGAAAAGUUGAUAAUGGCUGACUACCAAAGGCCACCGCAUGUUGGCAACAAAAACCUAUCCCACUAAAUGAAGAAUA